UACACCAUCCUGCCCCCCUCCUUCAGCAUCGGGAUCCAUGGAUACCUGCUGGUCUAUUCGGUCACCUCGCUCAGAAGCUUCCAGGUGGUUAAGACCCUUCACAACAGGCUGUACGAAAGCAGAGGGAAAACCCGGAUGCCGGUGGUGCUGGUCGGGAACAAGGCCGAUCUCUCCAUGGAGAGCCGGGAGGUGAAGACAGACGAGGGCAAGAAGCUGGCGGAUUCCUGGGGGGCCGUGUUCCUGGAGUCGUCGGCCAAAGAGAACCAGAUGACCUGGGGAAUCUUCACCAAGAUCAUAGAGGAGAUCGACCGGGUGGACAACUCCUACGGCACCGAGCGCAGCUGCCUCCUGAUGUGAGCGCUGCUGCCUCGAGCUUCCUGCGGGGCCAGGGAGAGUGGCCGCCUCCCUGCCUCUACCUAGAAGUUUCCUCGCAGCCCCGGGAGCGGGGAACCCAGGGCUAGACGCCACCAGAGCCCCCUGGCCUGGCGUUGUUACGGGUAACCCACAAACACACUGUACCUCACUGCCUGGCCCCGCGCUCGGCGGCGGGCAGGGCCUGCGUUUGCACAUUCCCAGGUUGGAAGCAGCCCGUGUGUAUCCGGCGCACUGCGUUUAUGGAAGGGGCUUCUCUUGCCGAAUGUAUUUAUGGGGUUUUUUUGGGGCGGGGGCGGGAGGGCUUUGGA